AUGACAACGAAUCCAAUCCGUGGAAUACGUCGUAAAAAAUCAGCAUUAUCCGAAGUCAAAGUCGCCGUUAUCGGUGCUCCAGGCGUAGGUAAAAGCGCUCUGACCGUUAGAUUUUUAACGAGGAGAUACAUCGGUGAAUAUGACCAUCAAGCGGAAACGAGAUAUAAAAAUGAAGUCCUCGUCGAUUCCGAGCCCGUUUUAUUUGAAAUAUUAGACACGUGUCCUAAGAACGAAGAUGAAUUACCGAGCAAUGAAACUUUACAUUGGGCCGAUGGUUUUCUUCUGGUUUAUUCCAUAACGGAUCGUCAAUCAUUUAAUUACGUGCGUAAAGUUAAAGAAAUGCUCGAUUGUUUCGAUACUCCCAUAACGCUCGUCGGAAACAAAGCAGACAUGGUUCACCUGAGACAAGUGAGCGCGGACGAGGGUGAGAUAUUGGCAAAAGAUUUCGAAUGUUGGUUCAGCGAAGUUGCUGCUGCCGAACAAGUGACUCAAGUUGCCGAAGCCUUUCACGAACUUUGCCGUGAAGUACACAUGAUGAGAAGAAAAAACAAACAAUCGUUACUCGAUAGAAUGUUGGGGGGUAAAACUGGGGGUAUAAGAGUUUAUUCUCGCGGUAAAAGCGACAGCGCUUUACCCAAAGAAUAA